GUUCAGCUGCCGACUGGUGUUUUCGUCGGGGGGAGACACCCCCAAGUACCCCACCUCCCUUCGGGACGACCCUGUGUACAAUAAUGAUAUUGUUGCGUGUGCGGUGCAGCGGUGCCAUUACGUGGAGGGGGCAACUCUUGCCGCGGUCCAGAGUUUAGCUAUUCCAUAAUCGGCCCAUCAUCAAAACACGUAUAUACAUCUUAGAGCCUUGAAAAUGUUGAAAAUCAGGUAGAAACGAAACGCGUAUUAUAGGUGCACUCAUUUAUGUAUCAAGUACAAAUCAUUACAUAUUUGGACUGGUAUGACGUCCCUUUCUCCCUGCGUUUAGUAAAAUGAGCCACAGGGUAGGCAUUUUAAUAACAACAUGCCGACUGCCGUACCCUGGAAAUGAAAUGACGCCUUUGGUGCAACGGGCACGGCAUAGAUUCGCAAUAUCGCUUUAUCAAUCGACGAUUCGCCCGGGUGAUUUCUUUUUCUUAUGUCACGUCUAAGAGAUUAUAAAAUAUUUGCAAUACCCGGCUGAUAAGAAUUCAUGUGCCAACGGUGAUGAUAACGCGCAGUGAUUAUCUAGGCCGACGACCACUACGGUCUGUAGUUGUACGUUUUCCGUGGCGAUUACGUCCCGUUGUCUGGAAUUAAUUGCCGUCCGUCCACGCGAACACCUCGUUACGCACGUGAGUCUUGGACUUGCUCCCGCCGACAGUGUAACGACCCUCCGCUAACUCCAAAAUGGUGGGUGUAGCGAUGAGAAAAAAAAUUAACACCACGCCACCGACUGUGAGGUUUGCCGGAACGACAACAGUUAUUGAUCGCCAUGGUAUACUGAGAGUCGAAAGUCGACGGCAGCAGAAAAUCCCAACGGAGAAUGGUCGGGAUUAUGAUGAUGAUAAUAAAUUCAAGUUGAGCCGUACUUGCAUAUACUCAACCAUUGUUUUGCUGUUUGCAAUUAUGAUGUUGUCAUAUCGUGGCUAUUUAGACACACGAGCUGUUAAUUAUCCCUAUCAAGGACCAAAAGUUUUACAGAAAACUAAUGAACUCACAAUAUGGGGUACUUAUAGACCUGGUGCUUAUCUAGGGCUACGUACCAAAGAAUCGUUAGGAAAAGGUUCUGUUGCUGCUGGUCUUAUGUGGUACACACAAAAACAUUUAAUGAAUACUGGAUCAAUUGAUUCUUCAAUACGUCAUAUGUGUGAUAAUUCUCAUGAAAAUCUAGUGUAUGGUUAUGUUGAACAUGACACUACAAACUAUGGACAUCAAGUUAUUAAUGAUGGAAAAGAAAAUGGAUUUACAUUACAUACAAUAUUUUUACGACCUGAUAAAGAUGUUAAUACUGGUACAUCAAAUACUGAUUGGACUACCCGAAUCAUUUAUGAAACAAAUAAUACAGCAUCAUCAAUGUCCCUAGUAUGGUAUGUUUAUAUUGAUCCUGGAGAUGAAGAUCAAUUUUUAGAUAGUCGAAAAUAUUCUCUUGAUGUACUGCAAAAUGAAGAUAACUCAGUAGAUAUCCCUCUUGCAACAAUAAUGGGCUCUACACCUAGUCUAAGCGACUUCAAAAUGUCUUUAAUUCCUCUUGCAUCUAAUAAUACCAAUAAUUUAAGUAAAUUUACAGUACAUAUAAAUACAAGUUAUAGUAGUUUAUGGUGUCCUAAUGCAGCCAUGUUAAAACAAUGUUUAGCUAAAACAAUGGCUGUUAAACGACCAAUAGUAAAAGAUAGCAGAACUGGUUCACAAAUCAUGCUUGUGAAUGAAAAGUUAAAUAAACAUGAUGGUGAACAAACAUCUAAUCUUUUAAAAAAUUUUCUAGCAGUUCAAGUGACAAUUAGCCAUAGCAGAAAAAAAUCGACUGAAAAUACAUCAAACCUUAAACAUUUCAGGUAUGCACUAGAUGUGGCAUAUAUUCAAAAAAAUAGAAAAUCUGAUAGAGAUGUAUUUAAAAAUACAGUUCCAUUAUUAAUUGGUGAUACAUUUGAUUUAGUACAAACCAAAUACAGUAAUAGAUUUAAUCAAAAAUUUGAAAAGACAUUUCCAAUUAAUAUUAACAGAGAAAACCCUGUCGAAAUAUCUUUGUUAAUGAAAUUUGCAAAAGUUACUUUUAGUAAUAUGGCUGGAAGUAUAGGUUUCUUUUAUGGGUCCUCUCUAGUUAGAGAUGAUGAUAAUGAAAAUAAUCUAAAUAACGUUGGUGUAUCAGAAAUAGAAAUAGUAGAUGCUGUGAAAUAUUGGAGAGCCGGACUACUGACAGCAGUACCAUCAAGAUCUCAGUUUCCUAGAGGUUUUUUGUGGGAUGAUGGUUUUCAUGGCUUAAUGUUAGGAAGCUGGAGUAUUGAAUUACAAUUGCAUAUUUUAGGCCAUUGGAUGGAUUUAUUAAAUUAUCAAGGAUGGAUACCUAGAGAACAAAUCCUUGGCUCAGAAGCUAGAUCUAGGGUACCAAAAGAGUUCAUUGUUCAAAGUUCACGAGCUGCUAAUCCACCAGCACUGUUACUUACUGUUGAUUUAUUAUUAAGACAAAUUAAACAAUGUCGACAAACAAGCGAUAUUAAUAGCGAUAGUAAAAAUGAGAAAUUAAACUUUAAUGAAAUCGAUGAUACAUUAAGAAAAUUAUAUCCAAGAUUGAAAGCAUGGUAUGCUUGGUUUAAUCGUACUCAAAAAGCAGUAAACAAUUAUACUAAACAUUCUAAAUCAUCAAGUAAUUCUAAUAAUAUGAAAUUAGAUGUAAGAUUUAUUGGAUAUCGUUGGAGAGGACGUGAUGCAACAACUAAUAGGGAACUUAAUCCAAAAACGUUGACAUCAGGCAUGGACGAUUAUCCUAGAUCAUCGCAUCCAGUUAAUGAUGAUGGUACUUUAAAUUUACCUAUUAAUAGUGUUUUAAACGAAGGAAAUGAUUUUGAAACAUCUGAGCGUCAUGUUGAUUUACAUUGCUGGAUGACCCAUGGUGCACGGAUCAUGAAUAAUCUUCAUAACUAUCUCCAACCAUCGAUAAUAACUAAUUUUGAAAAUAAAUAUUCUACACACUUUUGGAUGCUAGUUGAGAGUUUAGAUCAUCUACAUUGGACGGAGGGAAAUAGUGACUCUUCUCAAAACCUUGCAUCCAAAAUACCAAUGUAUGCAGAUUUUGGUAUACAUACUGAUGAUGUUAGAUUAGAAAAAGUAAAAGGAAUGCAAGAUUCUGUGCGAAUUGUUGGACGAGUAGAUCCACCUAAAUGGCGUUUUGUAGAUUCUCAUGUUGGUUAUAAUGCCCUAUUUCCUAUGUUUUUCCGAUUAGUAAAAAAUUCAGAUCGUUUAAAUGCAAUACUGGAUCUAAUAGAGGGAGUUAAUAAUGAUAGUACUGAAAACCUUGGUCUAUUGACCAAAGGUUGUGGCUUAAGAUCGUUAUCAAAAACUUCACCAUUAUAUAAAGUAAAAAACACUAUGCACGACCCUCCAUAUUGGCGAGGCUCUGUUUGGAUUAAUAUGCAAUACUUAGCUUGUUCGUCAUUAUACUACUAUGCAAAUCUACCUGAAGACACUGAAUCUACGCAUACCAAUAAUGAUAAGUAUAAUAACUUAGAACCAAUACGUCACUUGGAUGUAAAAACCAAGCAAAGAUGUAGACAAUUAUAUAAUAAAAUACGCAAUGAUGUCAUUCAAUGUGUAUACAAUGAAUGGAAACGCACUGGGUACGUGUGGGAGCAGUAUGAAGAUGAACCUGUCACAGACUCUAAAUUUGGUUUAAUUCAUAAAGGCAAAGGAACCAGACCAUUCACAGGGUGGUCAGCAAAUGUUGUACUUUUAAUGGCUGAAAUUUAUUAAAGUCUUAAAGAUAAAUGCAUUAUUUUUGUUGUUUAUAAUGAAGUAAUAUUAUGCAUCAUGUGCAUGAUUAAAUUCAUUUACGCUAUAUAUAAAUUCUUAUGGAUGGACAGUUAAUAAGUACUAUUAUUUUGAUAUUUAUAGAUUAAAGGGUGGGUGCUUAGACAAUUUUUGUUCAUCUAGUCUUAUGACUUGUUAGUCAUCAAAAUGUUUUUGUUACCAAAAUUAAAUAUUUUAAAACAAAACACAUUGGACAUUUGUUUUAAUUAU